CCUGAAUCAUUCAAUAGUGGACUUGAGGACAAAAUAGUUUUAAAUGCUUGCACUGUUGAAAUACAGCUUCAGAAAUUCUUCCUAAUUUCUGCUAAUAGGGCAUUUCUUUGUCAUUUUGUCCCAAGAGUUAUAUUUUGUCAGAGUUAUAUUUUGCUGAUCUUCUGAUUCUUUCUCCACUUUUGUGUAGUACUAGUACCUUAAUGAAACCAUCUUCAUAAUGACAAGCUCUUCAUGUGGUCUAGCUGCUGGUCUUAACAGCAUUGGCUUUUCUGAAGACUGCAGAGUAGUUGCAUGGAAUCUGCUCAGUACGGUGUGAGAGAAAAUGGAAUAAUCAAAACGGACAAGGUAUUUGAGGUAAUGCUGGCUACAGACCGUUGCCACUAUGCAAAAUACAACCCCUACAUGGACUCUCCACAGUCUAUAGGUUUCCAAGCAACAAUCAGUGCUCCACACAUGCAUGCAUAUGCACUUGAACUUCUAUCUGAUCAGCUACAUGAAGGAGCCAAAGCACUCGAUGUAGGAUCUGGGAGUGGAAUUCUUACAGCGUGCUUUUCGCGAAUGGUUGGUCCCAAAGGACAAGUUGUAGGAAUUGAUCAUAUCAAAGAACUAGUAGAUGACUCAAUAAAUAAUGUCAAAAAAGACGAUCCCACAUUGCUGUCUUCAGGAAGAGUGAAACUGAUUGUGGGAGAUGGACGAAUGGGAUAUGCAGAAGAAGCUCCCUAUGAUGCCAUUCAUGUUGGAGCUGCAGCCCCAGUUGUGCCCCAAGCACUUAUAGACCAGUUAAAACCUGGCGGAAGAUUGAUAUUACCAGUUGGCCCUGCUGGGGGAAACCAGAUGCUCGAACAGUAUGACAAACUAGAAGAUGGCAGUGUCAAAAUGAAGCCUCUGAUGGGAGUGAUAUAUGUGCCUUUAACAGAUAAAGAGAAGCAGUGGUCCAGGGAUGAAUUGUAAAAGCUACAUCAUCUUGACCCAAACAUAGUGUUACAGUGGACUGCUCAUCUCCAGUUCUAAAAGCUUUUUGAAAACCAACAGCAUUGCAGCUUGUUUUGGACUUCGUUAUACUGUUGUUAUCAGCAUGGAAAAGCGUGGUGUUUGUUUUAUUUUUUUAGAUGCUCAAGACAAAUCUGAUAAAGAAAUGGUGGAAAGUUUUAUGUGGGCACUGUUUUAUUUAACAUGCCUUUAUUUCACUUUCAUCUGUUCAAAGUGAAUUUCUGCAAAACUGCAGAUAAAGACCUAUAGCUUGUGAACUCUGAUUUUGAUGGGGGAACUUGAACACUCACUUCUAUCGGCUCCUGUGUCCCUUGGUAAAACUGCUUCUGUGCACCUUAUGACACUACGUAGGUAAUACCAGGUUUUCUGUGUUCCAACGUCUGCUAGAUGCUACUAAAAGGAGAUGAACUUCCUUCCUAAGCUUUUGACAUGGUGUCAUAGACUAGCAUGUAGUAGAUACAAUCAGCUGCUUUUUUACCUUAAAGCCAGGCAUUGUAUAUAUUAAAUUUCUCAACAUCAGAGGUAGAUUGCCACUCUUAUGAAACAUUGCUGUUCAAGCUGGACAUCACAGACAUGGUUUUCCCUUUCCUUCUAAAACUGACUAAUGUAAUAUUGAAAUUCUGUUGUGGUUUAUAACUCAGUGCUUGUGUGAUACACAUGGAGCUAACUCCAUAACUGUGAGGUGAGGUGUGUUCCAAUCACUGAACAAUUUAUGCAAUGCUGCUUUGCCAGAUAAAGUUAAAAGCAAAAGGGGGUUUUGUGCUUGUGUGGAAGAUUAGGAUGGGUAGGUAGACUGAGAUGUGGAUUGCUAGGUUCUUUAUUAAAAGCCAAAACCCCCUUUAGUUCUAAAAGAAAGUUCUUUUUGGUAAAGCCAUUUGCUGUAUUAACGUUCUUAUUUUUAUAACUGGACACCCAGGAAAAAUUCUGGCUUUUUAGAAAGUGAAUUCUAAAUUGCUGUAAAAGGAACACAUCAGAAAGAAUUCUGGACUCCAAAGUACAAAUAAACGCACUUGUUCAGUUUUCAUGUAGAAGAAUAGUUGGAAGGCUAUAAAAGUUUCUUCUGCCCUAAAUUUUCUAUUUUGGUACUGUAAAAUAUCAUCAGCAAAUUGUGAAGCAGUACAGUAAGGUGGGCUGUUUUAGGAAAGGAGGGAAGUGUGUCUUCAGUCACCUUGCUCAUAUUUGACCAACCAGGAACUAAAAUAAGCAGUGUACUUUCCUUUCUUUUUUUAAAAUUGGUAGGAUUAUAGACUAAAACAACCCAUAGUGAUCACUGGAAAAAAGCCCAAAACAACUUUUUAUGGUGGAAGAGCAAUAAUUUUGUGAUCGGAUUAAUCCCUGGAAGCAUACAGGUUAUAAUUCAAAGGCCUCUAAAUAUGGAAAAAGAAUGUUUUAAAUAACCUGCCUUUUGAAGGCCCGUCCCAUUUUGUUCCUCUGUGAAAGAUGCUAUAGUAGUAUCUUAAUUUUUUUAGAUGUUUGGAAGUUAAUGUACCACCUCCUGAUCUGACUGCAGCCUGGGAGCACAUGCACAAGAUUAAUCUUAUAAAGAAAUUAAUAUAGUACAUAUUUUAGAAAAUACAAUCCAGAAAAAUCCAUUUGCAUCUGACAAAUUUGUACUAACCCACAAUCAACUGUGACUAGUUCUUGGUGUUGAAGUGAAUUAUCUUAACUGAUGCAUGCUAACGUUCAACCUUUUGGUCGCUGUAUCUUUCAGUUUGAGUUCAGCUUUAUUUACAUCUUCUCACUAAUUUAAUCAGUUAAAUGAAAGAUAUGAGCUCAACUGUAUCCAAAUUCCUGUCUCUGGACACAGUGUAAUAAGCUAGCCUGACUUGGAAGUGGUGUUAAAGCUGAGACCCAAUGACAGCUUCCUGGGGGAGAACCACUUCAGGAGGUGUAAGGCUUCAGGGACCAAGGCUGGUGGGAAUAGUGCACCCAUUCCACUGAAGGGGUUGAUGAUAGUCAAGGUACUAGGACAGAAAGGAGUAUCCAGGAGUAGCAUUUAGGAGUCGAAAAUGGAAAUUCCUCCACGAUGGAGCAAUGGUUCUGAAGUAAAAACUUGGAGACAAGGACAAGUUGAAAUGCAGAAGACUUGAAGAGUUUGAAUAAGUGCUGUGUGAACUGUCUGAAUUGCUACUUUGCCAAAUAAAACAAAUUGAGAGGAAGCUGUA